AUGGAGCUUUUCAUCCUAUUCUUAAAUCAAGUGGACUUGGAGUGGUUUCCGUGGACUCGUGUAGGUUUAGUUCUAAGGGCUAAAGGGAUCUAUUUUUCUCAUGCCUUUGAUCCUGCUGUCAUGGAGGCCAAGGUCGUCUCAAGGCAUGGGCCAUUAAGACCUAUGCCUAAGAAACUUGCUCACGUAGCUCUCCUCCCGAGUGCUGGCAUGGGUCACCUCACACCUUUCCUUAGAAUUGCUGCUUUACUCUCGGUCCAAAAUGUCCAAGUUACUUUCAUCACCCCAUAUCCAACGGUCUCCCUGGCUGAGUCACAAGCAUUAUCUAGCUUGUUUGCUUCCUUUCCUCAAAUCACCAGAAAGCAGCUUCAUCUCCUUCCACUUGAAAAGCUAAAUCCUACCAUUUCAGAUGACCCUUUUUAUUACCAUUUUGUUAUUAGACAGUCUUCUCACCUUUUAUCCCCUCUGCUAUCUUCACUAUCUCCUCCUCUCUCGGCUUUUAUCACAGGCAUGACUGGUUCAGGAAAGGAUGAUUUACAUGAGAUGGAUGUCAUCAAGUCAGGUCCGGAGAUGAUGCCCAAAUCAUGGAUUCCCCCACCACUUCUUGAAAAAAGCAACAAUUCCACAAAGAGCUAUUUCAUAGAGAACGGUAAGAAGAUGAUAAAAUCGAGUGGGAUUCUGGUUAAUACAUUUGAAAGUUUUGAGAAAGAAUCACUCAGAAAACUAAAUCAUGGUGAAGUUAUAGCCGGACUACCCUCAGUUAUUCCUAUCCGACCACUUGCACCAUGUGAUUUUGAGAAGAGCAAACCAUUAGCGUGGCUUCAUGGUCAGCCAGCUGGAUCAAUACUGUAUGUUGGCUUUGGAAGUAGAACUGCUUUGUCAAGAGAUCAAGUGAGAGAGCUGGGUGAAGGGCUAGUAAGGAGUGGGGUUAGGUUUCUCUGGGUGGUGAAGGACAAGAAAGGUGAUAGACAAGAUAACGAAGAGCUGGAAGAGGUAAUUGGACAUGGAUUGAUGGAGAGGGCAAAGGAAAAAGGACUAGUGGUGAAGAAUUGGUUAAAAACAAGAGGGAAUAUUAGGCCACAAAGCAAUUGGUGGAUUUUUGAGUCAUUGUGGGUGGAAUUCCGUCAUGGAGGCUGUAUGGCAUGGAGUGCCAAUCUUAGCUUGGCCCCAGCAUGGAGACCAGAAAAUCAACGCAAAUGUUGUUGA